AUGUCUGACUACAUUUACUAUGACUCUUUCCCAGAACGUUUCCGUGAGCUGUUUAAAACUCAAGUAAAACUGAGAAACAUGCAUUUUAACAAAGAUAGACCCAUUGACGAUGAAAGAAACCCUGAAUAUAUUACAAUCCCAUAUGACGCAAAGUUCAUUGCAUACAUUCCUUAUGGAACAUUACUACAUCAGCUCUUGAAGGAGAACUUUAUAUCAGAGAUAGAAGCAAAUGCUGCAGGUAUUGUUGAAAUGCACUAUGACUUCUUCUUGACAAACAUAAAGAAUCUUACUGAAAUAAAGAUGUAUGAUUUAACAGAAUAUGAAGGCUUAACGAUGUCAGAUGUAAAGAAAGGCAAACCAAAAAAGAGACCAUAUAGAGAUGAAAGCACACUGACAAAUGACCAGAAAGCCAUUUUGGAAGCUCUUAAGCAAACAGGAAACCCAGCACUUAUAGAAAGCUUUUGGAAAGAUAAUGGUGAAAAGAAGUUUUAUAAGAAGAGAAGCGGUCAGUUCUGGAAGUAUCUUUGCACAUUACCUAUAAAUCUUGAACGCUACCAAAUCUUCAAUGAACUGAACAAAAGAACUGCAACACUUAUGACAGAAGAUAACUGCUUCGUUUAUGCUUGCAUUCAGGCUGGAGUAAAUGAAGAAACUAUUGACCACAUGAGAGAAGUCAUUCGUGUUAGAGACUUUCCUCAAAGUAAAGUACAAGAAAUUUCUGACGCAACAGGUAUAGCAUUUAAUGUUACCAUUGGUUACUUCAAUGACUCAAGACAUAAUGAAAUAAAGAGAUACAUACCAAAAGAAUGUGAAACUGUUCGAACUAUUGACUUACUUCUUGUUGAAGACCACUACAUGCUAAAUGAAAGAUUACCAAUGACAACAUAUUUCAUUCGCAACUAUAUAGAAAUCUUGAAGGAGUGUGGUGGAAUGAACAUUGAGAAACAGAUGAAGAUUUAUACAAAGAGAGAGAACAAAUAUGUAGUUCGUUAUGAUAGAACAACACCGUUAUGGGAUGUUAUGAAAACAUUGUGGGUGUGCAAAUAUUUCGAACCUAUUUCUUAUGGAGAACUUUUCACAUAUACGACUGACUUAUAUAAACAGAACCUUGCACCAUUUAAAGAUUUGACAUAUGCUCCAAAGUAUUGUGUACAACUGAAGAAGAAAGCCGAGUCAAAAGAAGUAAAUAAAAAUAAGUGCAAGUUCAUUCCUGAGCACGUUUUCUUUGCUGACUUUGAGUGCAGUACUGAUGGAGUUCAUAAAGCCUUUAACAUUUGUUAUGACAGUGAAGAUGGUUCAGUGAGUGAAAGCAUUUGGGGUCAGAACUGUGCAACAGAAUUUUUGGAGCGACUUCCUGACAAGAGUUUAAUAUAUUUCCAUAACCUCAGUUAUGACAUAAACUUCAUCUUAAGACACAUGACAGAAGUGAAAGGAACUCCCAUCAUUAAAGGUUCACGAACAAUGCAAAUAACUGGCUUAUAUAAAGGAAGGGCAAUUAUUAUAAAAGACUCUUACAGUGUUAUAAAUAAGAAGCUUAAACUAUUUCCUGCUAUGUUUAACUUACAAACAGGACCGAAAGAGUAUUUCCAUACAACUACUACAGCAGUGUUUUGUUAG